AUGCUUUGGGGAAGGCUAAUUCGAAUGGCUAUGAGUGAUUCCGAAGUUGUUGGCAGUAUGGAGGCUGUUCCUGUUCCUGCUCCUGUAACUACAGGUCCUGCAACUAGUACAAUCUCGGUAGAUGGGAUUACCGGUGAAGUUACUGUACGUAAGGCUAGUGGUAAAGUCAAAGUACGCAAGGGUCAGUCUAAGGAAGAAUAUGAAAAUCAGUUGCAUGACUAUUUCCAGUUGAAUGGAGGUCCCAGAAAAACUGAAGAGAAAUGGAUGGAUGAAGUAGACCCUCUGCGAUUGUUGCAGGAAAAGGAUUUAACCAUUAAACUAAACAGACAAUCAUUGAGUAAUUUCUGCGAGAGGCUGUACUAUCAAAGACGUUAUGAUGAGUGCCUGACAUUAGGUGAAGAACUUCUACGACGCUACCAAGAGGUGAAUAAGAAGAAUAAGAUGCAAAGAGAGAUCGAAGAAUUAGAAUACAUGGUAAAACGUUCUAAGGGUAAAUAG